CACUCUAAAAACACCAACAUGUCUUCUGAACUGGACCAACUGAAAGCAGCGCACGAAGAACUCAGACUUCAGAAGAGAGCUAUCGACCGAGAGACCGAGGAUACUAGAACCAAGACUAUCGAGGACAAACGAGUAGCUGCAGCUGAGAUCGAGAAGCUACAACUGGAUCUGGAGUCUUUGAAGGAGGAAAGCGCAGCUCUUACAGAAAAGAACAAAAACUUAGAAAGCGACGUGGCAAGUCUUAAACUUGAUCAUGAGGAGAAGAAGAAGAAACAGGAGGAAGAUUACGACAACCAGAGACGUGCCAAGCAGAAGCUGCAGUUCCAGGAAGCUAAACUUUGCACCAAGAAAGUGAAUGUUGAGAAGAAAUGUGACCCAGUUGAAGUACAUAAACUUCAGAUCGAAGAACUUGAAAAGGAGGUUGAGCACAACAAAAACGAGAGGGAGGAGGUCAAGAAGAUCUAUGAAACUGAGAUGAACAAAUUAGACAACAUUCUUUCGAAAGUAAAUUUCCAGAAGAAGACCUGGGAAAAGAAAGUUCAGGCUGCAAGAGAACAGCUCCUGAAACUGAACGCUAACUGUAUCAAUAUCAGGGAAUCUUCCAGGAAGGAACUCUUCGAGAAAGAUCUGCUUCUCCAACGCCUGGUUCUGGACACAAACAGGUGCCUAAAGUCUAUCCCUGAACUUGAGGCAAGCACAGCUGUUCUCGAGAAAAUGAUCAAAGACACUGUUUUGAUGUGAUGAUUAAAAACAUUGUACACUUUGGGGUCAGAAAUUUAUAAAUAUUUUCAGCGGUCAGCUUUUACAAUAUGCAAUAUGAUUUAAGCUUUAGUUUUUCCAAUUUUUGGUUGCCACUUAUGCAAUACAUAAUAUUAUGUAUACUAUUCGAUCAUUUUAUAUAUUAGGGCCUAUAUGUGAAUAACUGUAAUUCUAUUUUUGCAUCUC